AUGGCUCAAACAGGUGCAGAUGAUGAUGAUAAGGCACAGUCUUUGCAACCUGAGUUUGCUUCUAGAAAUGGUGUUGGCGUUGACAAGGAGGAGCUUCGGUCGCAGUGGGCUACAGUUGAGAGAUUACCAACGUAUAAAAGGAUUACUACUGUUCUUUUUCAGAGAAGGGAUGAAGCUUCGGAUAAAGGGAGAGUCAUUGAUGUUACUAAACUUGAAGCUGCUGAGAGACAUUUGUUGAUUGAAAAGCUUGUCAAACAAAUACAGGCUGAUAACCUCCAUUUACUCAGAAAGAUAAGGAAGAGAAUCGAUGAGGUUGGUAUAGAGGUACCAACGGUGGAAGUGAGGUUCAGUGACCUUUCUGUUGAAGCGGAAUGUGAAGUAGUUCAUGGAAAGCCUAUCCCAACUCUUUGGAAUACUAUCAAGGGCAUACUAUCUGAGUUCAUCUGUUCGAAGAAAGAAAUCAAGAUAAGCAUCUUGAAAGGCGUGAGCGGUAUCGUCAGGCCUGGAAGAAUGACAUUGUUGCUCGGUCCUCCUGGUUGUGGCAAAACCACUCUGUUACAGGCACUUUCUGGACGACUUGCCCCUUCUGUAAAGGUUGGAGGAGAAGUAAGUUACAAUGGUUGCUUACUUUCAGAGUUUAUCCCAGAGAAAACAUCGAGUUAUAUAAGUCAAAACGAUCUGCAUAUUCCAGAGAUGAGUGUGAGAGAGACGCUAGACUUCUCGGCGUGUUGCCAGGGCAUCGGAAGUCGUAUGGAAAUUAUGAAGGAGAUCAGUAGAAGGGAGAAACUCAAAGGAAUAGUUCCAGAUCCUGAUAUAGAUGCUUACAUGAAGGCAAUAUCUGUUAUAGGUUUGGAAAACAAUAUGCAAACUGACUAUAUCUUAAAGAUCCUGGGACUCGAUAUCUGUGCAGAUACACGAGUUGGAGAUGCCUCGAGGCCUGGUAUAUCUGGUGGUCAAAAGAGGAGGUUGACAACAGGUAAUUUCAUUUUCUUACAGCCAUUCACAGUAGUCCGAACAGAGCUUUUAAAACAUCUGUCGGCUACUGUAGGAGAACUGGUUGUGGGUCCAGCUACGACUCUGUUCAUGGAUGAAAUAUCGAAUGGUUUAGACAGUUCAACUACGUUCCAGAUUGUAUCUUGUCUCCAGCAGUUGGCGCAUAUAGCUGGAGCCACCAUAUUGGUUUCACUUCUUCAGCCUGCUCCAGAAACGUUUGAGCUUUUCGACGAUGUGAUUCUCAUGGGCGAAGGAAAGAUAAUCUACCAUGCUCCCCGAGCUGAUAUCUGCAGAUUCUUUGAAGAUUGUGGAUUUAAGUGUCCAGAGAGGAAAGGCCUUGCUGAAUUCCUCCAAGAGACUAGUGGAGAAGUUAGUUACAACGGUCAUUCAUUAUCAGAGUUUGUUCCUGAAAAAACAUCAAAUUAUGUAAGCCAAAAUGAUCUACACAUUCCAGAGAUUACUGUGAGAGAGACACUCGAUUUUUCAGGAUGUUUUCAAGGCACAGGAAGCCGUUUAGAAACUAUGAAAGAGAUUAGUAGAAGGGAGAAACUGAAAGGAAUAGUUCCGGAUCCUGAUAUUGAUGCAUACAUGAAGGCAGCUUCAAUUGAAGGUUCAAAAACUAAUCUGCAAACUGAUUAUAUCCUAAAGAUCCUAGGACUCAGUCUCUGUGCAGAUACACGGGUUGGAGAUACUUCAAGACCAGGAAUAUCCGGUGGCCAAAAGAGAAGAUUAACUACAGGUGAGACGAUUGUAGGUCCAAUCAAAACUCUGUUCAUGGAUGAAAUAUCAAACGGAUUGGACAGCUCAACAACGUUCCAGAUUGUAUCUUGUCUCCAACAUUUUGCACUUCUGUCUGAAGGAACCAUAGUGGUUUCACUGCUUCAGCCUGCACCAGAAACGUUUGAGCUUUUUGACGAUGUGAUUCUUAUGGGAGAAGGAAAGAUAAUCUACGUUGGUCCGAGAGAUUAUAUUUGUAGAUUCUUUGAGGAUUGUGGAUUUAAAUGUCCAACUAGAAAAUCUGUUGCUGAAUUUCUUCAGGAGGUUAUCUCAAUGAAAGAUCAAGAACAGUAUUGGUGUCACAUAGACAAACCAUAUUGUUAUGUCUCCAUUGAUUCAUUUAUUGAGAGGUUCAAAAAGUCUGAUCUUUGGUUACAACAACAAGAAGAACUCUCCAACACACAUGACAAGUCUCAGGCUCAGAAAGAUGCUUUAUGCUCAAGAAAAUACUCACUUAGUAACUGGGAGAUGUUAAAAGCUUGCUCAAGGAGAGAGUUUCUUCUGAUGAAACGAAACUCUUUCGUUUAUGUAUUCAAGUCUGGACUAGUGAGUUCUUGUCUUCAUUGCCAGAAAAUCUAUACUUGUUUUACCAUUACAUGCUUAAGCCCUUUUUACCUUUUAAUGCAGCUGAUUUGCAUUGGAUCUAUUACAAUGACUGUUUAUCUAAGGACUGGUUCUAAAAGAGAUGCUAUCCAUGCUAACUAUCUUAUGGGUUCUUUGUUCUUUUCAAUCUUUAAACUUCUUGCUGAUGGACUUCCAGAACUCACACUAACAAUCUCAAGGCUUUCAGUGUUCUGCAAGCAAAAAGAGCUAUACUUUUAUCCUGCUUGGGCAUAUGCAGUUCCCUCAGCUGUUUUAAAGAUACCCAUUUCAUUCCUUGAAGCGCUUCUCUGGACAUCGUUGACAUAUUAUGUCAUUGGUUAUAGUCCUGAUAUUGGCAGGUUCUUUCGCCAGUUCUUGAUCUUCUUUGCUUUACACCUUUCAUGUAUAUCAAUGUUCCGUGCUAUAGCUGCCACCUUUCGAGAUUUUGUUCUUGCCACAACAAUUGGAACACUCUCUGUAGUGCUUCUCUCAUUAUUUGGAGGAUUCGUCCUUCGAAAACCCUCCAUGUCUGCUUGGCUACAGUGGGGUUUCUGGUUGUCUCCAUUGUCGUAUGCUGAGAUAGGUUUAACGGCGAAUGAAUUUUUCGCUCCACGGUGGAGUAAGACAACAUCUGGAAACAUAACUUUGGGGGAACAAGUUCUUGAUGCUCGCGGUCUGAACUUUGGUACUAACUCUUACUGGAGAGCAUUUGGUGCUUUAAUUGGCUUCACAUUCUUCUUCAAUAUUGUUUUUGUACUGGCUUUGACAUUUCUAAAGACCUCAAAUAGGUCUCGUGCGAUUGUGUCUGGUGAUGAUAAUACUCAAAGUUCAGGCAACAAUAAUAAGUCAAGCUCUAAAGUUGCUUCCCAGUCCAAAAAUGCCUUACCUUUCAAGCCCCUAACAUUCACAUUUCAAGACGUCCGUUAUUUCGUCCAGACUCCUCAGGGCAAGAAGGUGCAGCUUCUCUCUAACGUUACAGGCGCCUUCAAGCCCGGCGUUCUCACUGCUCUAAUGGGAGUGAGUGGUGCUGGUAAAACAACUCUGAUGGAUGUUCUUUCUGGAAGGAAAAGCCGCGGUGACAUUGAAGGAGAGAUCCAAGUAGGUGGUUACCGUAAGAUUCAAGAAACAUUUGCAAGGGUUUCAGGUUACUGCGAACAAUUUGAUAUUCACUCUCCCAAUUUAACCAUAGAAGAGUCCUUGAAAUACUCUGCUUGGCUUCGACUUCCUUCGAGCAUCAACUCUGAAACAAAGGGUGCAAUAGUCAGAGAAGUUCUUGAGACGAUAGAGUUGGAGGAUAUUAAGGAUUCCAUAGUAGGACUUCCUGGAGUUAGUGGUUUAACAACAGAACAACGCAAGAGACUAACUAUAGCUGUGGAGCUUGUUGCCAACCCUUCAAUCAUAUUUAUGGAUGAACCAACCACAGGACUAGAUGCCAGAGCUGCUGCAAUUGUAAUGAGAGCUGUGAAGAACAUCACAGAGACUGGAAGAACUGUUGUUUGCACUAUUCACCAACCGGGAACUGAUAUCUUUGAAGCAUUUGAUGAGCUGGUUUUGAUGAAAAAUGGAGGAAAGAUUAUCUAUCAUGGACCUCUUGGACAACAUUCAAGCAAUGUUAUUGAAUACUUUAUGAGGAUUCCUGGAGUUCCGAAAAUGAAAGAGAACACUAAUCCAGCCACUUGGCUUCUAGACAUUACUUCUAGAUCAUCAGAAGACAAACUUGGUGUUGAUUUGGCCCAAAUCUACAAGGAAUCUUCUUUGUUUAAGGAGAACAACAUAGCAAUAGAGCAAAUGAGAGGUACAUCUUCAGAAACAGAAGAACUAACAUCCUCGACGCGAUAUGCUCAAACUGGUUGGGAACAGUUCAAGGCAUGCCUCUGGAAACAACAACUCUCUUAUUGGAGAAACCCUUCCUACAAUCUCACUCGCAUCAUGUUCAUGUGUCUUACCUCUGUGCUCUGUGGCGUUUUGUUCUGGCAAAAGGCUAAGAAAAUAAACACUCAGCAAGAUCUUUUCAACGUAUUGGGAUCAAUGUACACAGUGAUUCUUUUCUCUGGAAUGAACAAUUGCUCUACAGUGUUGUUCUGCAUUGCAACCGAAAGAAAUGUGUUCUACCGUGAAAGAUUUGCUCAAAUGUACACCUCAUGGGCGUACUCCCUUGCACAGGUGUUGGUUGAAAUUCCAUACUCAUUAAUCCAGUCUAUUUUAUGUGUGGCAAUUUUAUAUCCUAUGGUUGGCUAUCACUUCUCGGUGUACAAAGUGUUCUGGAGCUUCUACUCAGUCUUCUGCUCGUUGCUCAUUUUCAAUUAUUUCGGCAUGCUUUUAGUCGUUGUGACCCCAAACAUUCACGUUGCUUUUACUCUCCGUUCGGGCUUCUACUCCAUGGUGAACCUCUUCGCUGGUUAUGUCAUGCCAAAACCUAGCAUUCCGAAAUGGUGGAUUUGGAUGUACUACUUGAGCCCUACGUCAUGGGUUUUGAAUGGAUUGCUCACAUCUCAGUAUGGUGAUAUGGAGAAUGAGGUUAUGGCAUUUGGAGAGAAGAAGAAGGUUUCACAUUUCGUGGAAGACUAUUUUGGUUUCAGAUUUGACUCUUUGGCUAUUGUAGCUAUCGUUCUCAUUGCCUUCCCCAUUCUCUUGGCUUCUCUUUUCGCAUUCUUCAUCGGUAAACUCAAUUUCCAGAAGAAGUGAUUCUUGUAAUACAGUGGCUGUUCUAGAAAUAAUAUUUAUCGGUGAGGCAGAAAUCUUUUAUGUAUGUAUUAUAUUAAAUUUUUCUUUCUUUUUUUAACAUCAUGUAUUACAUUAAGGAUGAUUUUCCUGAAUAUUUAUA